AUGAGGCACAUUGUGAAGAUUACGUCGAUGCUGGCAGCCUUUUCAGGUGUUUGGAUUAGCCUAUUACGGGCUUCGGUAGCACAAGAGAUCUAUACUUGGUUGCUGCCUCUCUACCUCAUCGUUUCACUCGGAUGCUAUGGCUUAUUAAUGGUCGGAGUUGGUUUGAUGCGAUUUCCGACUUGCCCGCAUGAAGCCAUUCUAUUGCAACAGGAUAUUCUUGAAGCAAAAGAGUUCCUGAAGGAAAAAGGGGUGGAUGUCAGUCAAAUUAAUAGGCCGACCGACGAAUUUUUCCAUGAAGAACUGAGCUUAAAGGAAUGGGUCCACGAAGCAUUACGAUCAGCAAGUGACAUUGUGGACCCCGGUUGCUACCGAGCGAGGAUCAUCGACAUUUCGAUGUGA